CUUGCGUUGGCUAUAAAGUUCCACGCGUUCCGGCGUCUACCUACAGUCCUCGAAGGCACGGAAGCAGUGUCACCAUGUCGUCGUGCAAGUCGAGUGUGGUUUUGGGUUACUGGGAUAUUCGCGGGCUGGCGCACGCCAUUCGCAUGCUCCUGGAGUUCACCAAUACAUCCUACCAGGAGAAACGGUACACGUGCGGGGAAGCUCCUGAGUAUGAUAAAAGCCAAUGGCUGGAUGUGAAAUUCAAGCUAGACCUGGACUUCCCUAACCUGCCCUACCUCGUGGACGGUAAGAACAAGAUCACCCAGAGCAAUGCCAUCUUGCGCUACAUCGCUCGCAAGCACAACAUGUGCGGUGAGACUGAAGAAGAAAAGAUUCGCGUGGACGUCCUAGAGAACCAAAUAAUGGAUUUCCGCAUGCAGCUGACACGAAUCUGCUACAACUCGGACUAUGAAAAGUUAAAGCCUCAGUACUUGGAACAGCUACCUGUACAACUGAAACAGUUCUCCUUGUUCCUAGGGAAAUGCUCAUGGUUUGCAGGGGAAAAGCUCACCUUUGUGGAUUUCCUCACCUAUGAUGUCUUAGAUCAGAACCGUAUGUUUGAGCCCAGGUGCCUGGAGGAAUUUCCAAAUCUGAAGAAUUUCAUGUGCCGUUUUGAGGCUUUGGAGAAAAUAGCUUCCUACAUGCAGUCUGACCGCUUCUUCAAGUUGCCCAUCAACAACAAGAUGGCCCAGUGGGGCCAAAAGAAAUUGUGCUGAAUAGGAGGCCGACUUGCGCGGCUUGUUCUAUUCCAUCCUACCCGCAGGGGUCCUGUAUUCUCUCUUCUCUGCUCUUUCCUCUUCAAUAAAUAGCACUUAGGCGA